GCAAAGCCUCCAGUAAAUGAACCAAGGGAACCGGAACAGUUUCUAAUGCAGACGCCCCAGGGAAAUCCACUGCUGCUUUCCCACACCCUCCAAGAGCUAUUGAGCAAGGAUAGUGUGCAGGUGGAGCUUAUUCCUGAGAAGAAGGGCCUUUUUCUGAAACAUGUGGAAUAUGAGGUUUCCAGCAAGAGGUUCAAAUGCUCAGUCUACAGGCGAUACAAUGACUUUGUGGUGUUCCAUGAGAUGCUGCUUCAGAAAUUCCCCUAUCGCAUGGUGCCAGCUCUUCCACCAAAGAGGAUGCUGGGAGCUGAUCGAGAAUUCAUAGAGUCGAGGAGGAGAGCCCUGAAGCGUUUUAUCAACCUGGUGGCUCGACAUCCCCCUUUCUCAGAAGAUGUGCUCUUGAAACUCUUUCUGUCCUUCAGUGGCUCAGAUGUACAGAAUAAGCUAAGGGAAUUGGUCCAAGGAGUAGGAGAUGAAUUUAUGACCUGCAGAUUAGCUACCCAGGCAAAGGACUUCCUUCCAGCUGACAUCCAGGCCCAGUUUGCUGCCAGCAGGGAGCUCAUCAGAAAUAUUUAUAAUAGCUUCUAUAAGCUCCGGGACCGAGCGGAGAGGAUCGCGUCCCGAGCCAUCGACAACGCCUCCGACCUCCUGAUAUUUGGGAAGGAGCUAAGUGCUUUGGGCUCAGACACUACCCCACUUCCUUCCUGGGCUGCUUUGAAUAACAGCACGUGGGGGACUCUGAAACAAGCCUUGAAGGGUCUUUCUGUUGAGUUUGCACUCCUGGCAGAUAAGGCUGUGCAGCAGGGUAAACAGGAAGAGAAUGAUGUGGUGGAGAAGCUGAACCUUUUCCUGGAUUUACUCCAGUCCUAUAAAGACCUGUGUGAAAGACAUGAGAAGGGAGUAUUGCACAAGCACCAGCGAGCGUUGCACAAGUACAGCAUGAUGAAGAGGCAGAUGAUGAGUGCCACUGUGCAGAACAAAGAGCCAGAGUCAGUGGAGCAGCUGGAGUCCAGGAUUGUGGAGCAAGAAAAUGCCAUCCUGACCAUGGAGCUGCGGAAUUACUUCUCUCUGUAUUGCCUGCAUCAGGAGACACAGCUUAUCCACAUCUAUCUGCCUCUCACAUCUCACAUUUUGGGGGCUUUUGUCAACUCCCAGAUUCAGGGUCACAAAGAGAUGAGUAAAGUUUGGAAUGAAUUGAAGCCGAAGCUGAGCUGCCUUUUCAUGGGAUCCAGCAAUAUGCCAACUCCACCACUGUCACCUCCAGAGGGAAACUUCUUCUCCUCCAAUUAACGCUCUGAGCAUCCUGCAUGGAGCAAGAAGGGCAACCAGCGAAGGGGUGGGACCUCUACCUCCAGAUGUUAGAAUGAAUCCUCCAAA